UCGAGCCGUAGUAUCGAAUGAAAAUGGCUAAUUGCAAGACCCGUUGUUGCAGCAGGGAAAUAUUUGAGAGACAACCGGUGGAAAAAAACAUCUUAUAAAAACACAACGUGAGCGAAGCUGAACAAUCGAGGAGGGUCAGGUUUUGUCAGAAAUAUGGCAUCGGGAGCCUCUUCGCUGGAUAGUGCUGGAAGCAGCGAGCGGGAUAGCGGAGGAUACGGAAGCGUCGGUAGUCCUGUCGGAGGUCCGGAAUGUCGUAGCGAUUAUGAUGGAUUGCAGGCACAGUGUGACCAAGCCAUGCACCAACUUCAACUCCUCAGACAUAAGCACUCCGAUACCAUUAGACGGUGUGAACAUACUAUGAAGGAAUUGGAGUACUACAGAGGACAACACAUUGCAGCGAUGAAUCAGCUGGAAGCCACGUCCCAAGAAAGUUCCGCGCUGAGGAACAAAAACGGAGAUCUCAUCAACGAUAAACAACGCCUCGAUCGUGAGGUUCAAGCCCUACAAAAAGAAGUCCUUGAAUUACGCUGCCAAAAUCAAGAAGUCUUCGUCGCGGAUCCUGGCAACGGCGAUACUAUGAAUCAACACUAUAUCUCCGUGCUCAGGAAAUAUGAGGCUCUCAAGGACGAAUAUGAUUCCCUCAGAAAGAGAUACGACGAUCUCAUCUCAUCACACUCCGCCACGGUCGACAAGCUCGAGCUCGCAGAAGAAGAAGCUGCGAGACUGAAAAAACAGUACGAGGACGUGGUACAAGAGAGAAACGGUGCUAUACGUGAGAGAAACGGCUUCAAGCAACAAUGCACAGCCGCGAUAAAGCAGUGGGACAUAGCGUUGAAUGAGCGCAACGAGUAUCGCGAGGCCCUUGCCAAGGUUCAACAACAGCAUGAGGACGCGAUCAAAGAGGUUAAUCUAGCGAUGGUUUAUAAAUCGAAAAUGACCAAGGAUAUGAAAAGAUUGAACGAAGAGAGAAACGGCGCUCUCAAAGAAUACAGCCUCAUUAUGGGUGAACGGGACACUGUUCACAAAGAAAUGGAAAAACUCGGUGACGAUCUUACUCAAGCAUUCGCCAAAAUCACCCAUCUUGAGAAUCAAAAUAAACAAUAUAUUGACGAGAAAAAGACGUUGACGUAUCAAAUCGAGACGUUACGUCGUGAGAUAUCUUCCGCGCUGCAUGAUCGCGAUGAAGCAUUGAAGGAGUGUAACGAAUUGCGACAGAAAUUCGGUGAUUAUUCCGAAUCGAGCCGUGACUACAAAAACCGUUUAGAGUCGCACUCGUAUAACCGCGAGCGUUACAAUUCGAGCAAGGAAGUGGAGCGCGAAACGAACACGCGAGAUUAUUCGAAGCGUGAGAAAGAACGAAUGGAUAAUAUUGAUCAGGCAAAUCUGGAGUUGGAUAAAUUGAGAAAAACGGUGGACACGUUGCAGUCGGAAUUGGAGGAAGCGGUGCAGGAGGCGGAAGUGUCAAAACGUCGUAGAGAUUGGGCGUUCAGCGAGCGCGAUCAAAUAGUAUUGGAACGAGAGAGUCUUCGAACAUUGUGCGACCGUUUGAGGAAAGAACGCGAUCGAGCGGUCUCCGAAUUAGCCACUGCAUUGCGCGAUUCGGAUGAUAUAAAGAAGCAACGAAACGAGGCUUGCAAGGAACUCAAAGAUCUCAAGGAAAAAAUCGAAUGCGGGGAUCAUAGUUUACGAAGUUACGUUCAUUCUCACAACGAGAAUGACGUGGCGGAAUGGGACGUAAUCGCCGUACAUCUCGAUACCAGCAGAUUUGGUCAAGACACGGAUCGCGAUCUCGGCCUCGUCUUAGCCGGUGGACGGGACGAUCCGCAUUAUCCAAAUGAUACAGGGAUCUACGUCGCUCAGGUUUUGCAGGGUAGCGCGAUCGACGGAAAAUUACGCGUUAAUGACUGUAUCAUUCGCGUCAACAAUGUCGAUUGUACUUCCGUCUCUACGAGAAUGAUUCUCGAAACGCUUCGCUCCUGUACCUCCGGCCCUGUCACCCUCACCAUUCGCAGGAGACGCUCCACUCGUCGUUCUUUACGAACCACUCAGCUUCCUGUUGGUUCUAUCCCCCAUGGAAUUUCUCUCGAUCACUGUAUCUACAUCGCCAAAAUCUCGCCCGGAAGUCUUGCUGCGAAAGACUGCAAUUUGGCCGUCGGCGACCGUGUUCUCAAUAUAAAUAGCAAACCCAUGGACACAGUAAAUUCAGCGCACGAGGCAAUGUCAAUAUUGAACGACAAUACCGCAGAUGUACUAACGAUAACAACCCUCAAAGGGAUAGCUCUUCCAGCGUCGUUGAGCUCGGAGUCAAUGCCAAUAGAUUCGAGUUUCAUGAGUGACAAACAAAAGAUGGUCAACAGUUGUUCGCAAACCGAACAAGAGAGACUAAUGUUGAAAGCAACCUCCGACGAUUACGAGCGUCGUUACAUAGCGUCGAACUUUGGUGAGCGAAGCGUUUACAAAGUCUCGAAAUCUGUAAGCAGCGAAAAACCAAGCGGUAUUAUAAAAGCUUGGGACGAUAUUCGUGGUAAAAUGGAUAUUAUGCGAGGUCGUCGACACAGCAAGGACAGAGAUGAGAAAAAGAAGCAGGAGCAGGAUGCGCUCGCGGAAUUGGACUCUGUGAUCGAUAGUUACAAGAAGCCAAAUAACGGUGUUUUAAAGAGGAGCAAGAGACGGGGAACCGAAAAAAUUGAGAAGAACGGUGGAACUUGGCCGAAAGCCCGUGGUGUUCCGUUGAUUCAAAAUGGCACUGGAACUAUAUUACAUCCGAGAAAGACGAAGGAGAGAUUACCGCUGAGCGUGCUGUUGAAUCAACCGCCGAAAUACGAGAGCUACAAUUACAACAGGAUCUCGAAUCCAAUACCGUUGGCGACCUUCUCAAACGUGAGCAAUCGUCAUACCGUGUACAAAGCCGUUGAAACUCCCCCACCCCUUAAUUUCACAAAAUCAGCUCAUUUGUUCGGUCAAAAAUCAUUUACCCCGGCUGCUGUACAAUUUAAGGAUAUGUCGUUGGAGAAAAAGAGCCUCGGAGAUUUCGAGGGCAACGACUCGAGGCUGGGAUCAAAUCUUGCGGCACCAUCAGAAACGAGUAUCGAUUUUUCGGUAAAGGGAACGACGGAUCACCAGGCGAAACGACGAGUGCAAAAAUAUGGCUCGGCCGGUAACGAGGCCCAACUCGAAGCGUUGCAACACAAUCGCGCCCAUUCCCAAUUGUACGGUGUCUCGUCCUCCUCGAACGCCGCCCCCCCAUCUACCUCCGGAAUUGCGGGAGUUGGCGUACAACCGCGUCAACAACAGUUGCCCGGUAACUUUUCGUUUCCCCCUUAUGGUCACUCCCAUCCGCAUCAACAAAACAACUCCUUACCGUCGCGUUAUCCAUCACCGCCCUCACUACCCUCAGCACAAUCCGGCGAGUCUAUCGGACUCCCGGACGCACGUUCCUACUGUUUUGAACCACCUUACAGUCCCGGACCUCAGCCUGGUUUCGCUCAUUUGCACACACCAUCCGUAGAUCUGCACUAUCACAAUAAGCCCCGUGGCGGAGGUGGUGGACAUCCGGUCGGUGUUGGUUACGAUACACCGGCUUAUACCCACGGUUACGAGGGCGGUACGUUUCCCCGGAAAAAGGAGAACCAACGAUUUCGAAUACCAUCCAAUCCCAGUGUUACCUCCAAAAGUAGUGUUGGCAAAUUGUCCACCGGAAGUAUCGAGAGAACUUCCGAACGCGGAAGUCCCAUGCCAACUUUUCACGUUGAGGUUCUGAGCCCGGGCACUGGCGGAGGUGGAAGCAGCAGCGGAGGAGGCACCGUUCGGGGCAGUGGUAAUAACAAAAGAGCCAGCAUGCCCGAUUAUUGUUAUACCCAGCCUAGACCAGCUCCCGGUGAGCUCAGACGCGUUCACAUUGACAAAUCCGUCGAACCCCUUGGUAUACAAAUUUCCUGCCUCGAGAGCGGUGGCGUUUUCGUCUCUACCGUCAGUGAACACAGUCUCGCCUCUCAAGUUGGUCUGCAGAUCGGUGAUCAGUUACUGGAGGUCUGCGGCAUCAACAUGAGAUCGGCAACUUAUCAAUUGGCCGCCAAUGUCUUACGACAGUGUGGCAAUUCCAUUACAAUGCUCGUCCAGUACAGCCCUGACAAAUACAACGAGUUGGAGGGUUCGGGAUCGUCGAGCUCCUCGGAAGCGGGUGGUGAGGAGGCAGGGAGUCGUAGCGGAUCACCAACACCGUGCAAUAGUCCAGAGGCACCGAGGAAAACAACAUUGGAGGUGCACGAGGCGGCGGAACCGGAGCGAGAUCAGCCGAGUGCGUCAACGACAUCGACGACGACGACGAUGACAACGUUGACGGUGAUGCGGGGAGAAAGAGAGGUGAGAUCAUCAGCGUCGAUGGAAGUCCGAGGCACGCAAGAGCGAGAACGAGAAAUGCGGAAUUCGGCGAGUUUGGAUAUAAACAUAAGAAAACCGGAGUUAAGAAAUUCCGCGACGUUGGAAAAUAUGAGAAAUUCGGUGACGUUGGAUAGUUUGCGGAGCGCUGGUAACACAUUGACGAGAGGACAGAUAAAUCAAGCGAUGACGACGCUCCAGCGACAAAACGCUACAAUGAGAAGCCCGACGCAAGAGGAACAGAGUCAAAAGAGUCCGGCAACGAUGGAUCCUCGUUAUCUUUUUAUCGAAACUCGAAAAUGCUCGAAUCUUGGAAUUUCUCUGGUUGGUGGUAACGGCGUAGGGAUUUUUGUGCACUCCGUUCAACCGGGAUGUCUCGCCGAAGAUGCUGGUCUCCGAACCGGCGAUAGAAUCCUCGAGUACAAUGGCGUUGAUCUUCGGCAAGCUACCGCUGAACAAGCGGCCCUCGAACUCGCUCGACCCGCUGACAAAGUCACUCUCGUCGCACAAUUUAUGCCCGAACGUUAUAACGAGGUCAAGGACAAACCUGGCGAUAGUUUCUACGUCAAAGCUAUGUUCGACCGCGUUGGCGAAGUCGGUGAUAGCCUUCAAUUACGCUUCAACAAGGACGAUGUGCUUUACGUUGAUAAUACCAUGUUCAAUGGUACUCCUGGACAUUGGAGGGCUUGGCUCGUCGAUCAAUCCGGCAGAAGACAACAAUGUGGUAUUAUUCCUAGUAAAUUCAAAAUCGAAGAAGAAUUAUUGUUACGACGAUCUCUGGGUGAUUUGGAAGCGGACACGGGUAGGCGAGCAACGACCAGUGCUCGAAGAAGCUUUUUCCGGCGAAAGAAGCAUCAGCGUUCGUCGAGCAGAGACAGCAAAGAACUUUCGCACUUGACCGGCGUCAAUCUUGGUUGGUACAGCGAUAGUGGAACCUUGAACGAAGAAAAUUUACCAGCGAGUUAUCAGCGAGUGGAAAAACUCGAUUAUCCUGCGUUGAGGCCGAUUCUGAUAAUCGGUCCGUUAAACGAGUGCGUAGCUACAAAACUUUUGCAAGAAUUUCCGGGCAAAUUUACUCGUUGUCUGCCGGAAGCGAUGCACUGUUCGCAAGCAACGCUCGAGCAAGGUUUGCGCGAUUCGUUGUACGUCGAUUAUCGAAAAAAAGGCAGCUACUUCGAGUGCACGACCGUGCAAGCUGUUAAAGAUAUUUGUGCAAAAAAUUCACACUGCAUUCUCGACAUAUCGAUCGCCUCCCUCGAACGUCUGCAUCGGCAUCAAAUUUAUCCUAUCGUGUUGCUCAUCAAAUUCAAGAGCACCAAACAGAUUAAGGAGGUCAAGGAUUCCAGGUAUCCGAGUGACAAAGUCAGCGCCAAAGCCGCCAAAGAAAUGUAUGAACAAGCCCUCAAACUCGAGGCCGAGUACCGUCAUUUUAUUUCCGCAAUAAUCCCCGCGGGUGUGAACGUUGCUUACAUCUGCACGCAAGUUAAAUCAGCCGUUGAUGAUGAGCAGAGCAAGGCGCUAUGGGUACCUCGAGGGCCACCCUGACAUCAUCGGGGGGGUCCCCACAAACCGCAGUGGAAAUCGAUCUAAUUUCACUGGGGGGCCCUUACGUCGAAGAAACAAACAAAACAACAAGAUAUCUUCAAUGGUACGAAAUCAAAAUCAGCUGGAUUUGUUUGUUCAGCGUCUCGCAUACGCGUACAAAUCGUUAUUAUACGCGUCGUGUGCCAAUUAUUUAUCGAAUUCCGUUAGUUCAUAAACCGUUUCCCUUUUUUAUCGUUCCUUUCGUCGUGGGUUUUUUUUUUUUUUCGAUCAGUGCGUAAAUUUUCUGGUAUUCGUCGCCCUAGAAAGAGCGAUCUCCCGCCUCGAGUCCGAGUUGAAAAAAAAAAAGAAAACGAACGGAGUGGUAAAAAAAAAGAAAGGAAACGGAAAAAACCAGUAGAAAAUCUGCUGCGAAGAAUCUUCGUCGUUUGGCGCCCUCCUUAGGAUCAAUUUCCAUCGUUGGUGACAGAAGAAUUAGAAAAAGAAGUGGAAGAUGGAGAAGGAAGUAGGAAUAUAACAAGUAAAUUAUAAAGAGCUUUUAGAUAAUCUGGAAAUAUAGGUCAGAGCGUCGAACGCUCGAUGUUUUCCGAUGCAAGGAAUUGAUAUCAGGCGUAUUUCAAAUUUCGCUGCUUUACUACUAAAUAAUAUAACGGCGAAAUUGAUUGUCGCGAAAACUUCGUUCCUCCUUAUUGAAUUGAAGAAGAAAAAAAGAAAACAAGCUAAACUGUAAUUGUAAAUAAUUUUGAAACGAACGCGAGUGCGCUUAAACCGCGAACCUUAUGAAAAAACAUAUGUAAUUUUCGAAUUUUAUUCGAGGUUCUUCCAAACGAGCUUAUGACGAAGUGAAAAAAACGAAUGUACGGAUGUAUGAAGAACUUUUGAGGGCGUGGCUCGAGAAGGGAUCAACGAAUCGUUAAUAUUUUUGACUUUUCGUUCGUUGACUUUUUUCCCGUCUCCUGCUCAUUUCAUCGAGAGACGAGAAUGCACCAAUAAUUGACAGGAAAUAUCCAUUUCGGACACCUUUCAAACGGCGGCUUUUCAAUUGACAACGAUUUUUCGCCUGAAAAAUAUUUCGCGAUUGUGCGUAUCGUCGUUAAUCGUUACUCGAACGCUGUUACAAAUCGUGUCAAAAGCCUCUUUUAAAAUCACAUGACAUCAAUUUUAUAUUUAUUGUUGAAUUCUGAAUUGUGUGAUUUCCUGUUGAACCUAAUGUUGAACAAAAAUUUGUGUUCUUUCGUCUCUCUUGAGAAAAAAGGACAAAAAUUGAAAAUUUUCCACUGCUUAGCACUGGUUUCGUUGAUUAAUGAUCAUAUCGUUACUGAAACGAAUAUUUUCUAUACAUAUAUAUGUCAACAUUUAUAUAUAUAUAUUUAUAUAUAUUUUUCAUUGUUUUCUCACACACUUUCCACCUUCAAACGAUUGAGACGUUUAUAAUUUUCUUUUCCUUUAACCAGAGAUAAUAUUUAGGAGUAAGAUUAAUAAGACCGAGACCAAAAAUUAAGGGAAUAUUACGAUUUGAAGCGAUCGACAAGUAGCUUUUAAUGAAUUAAUUUUAAAACACGAGGUAAAAAAAGAAGAAAAGAAGAGCAAUAUAACGAGAGAAAUGGAGGGAAAAUAAAUAAGAACUUAAAAUAUCGGCAGCGCGAACGAGAUAACGAGAUUGAAAAACGUGAUAUAUAUUAUUGUAUUAAUUAGCAUUCUCGCUCGCCCAAUAAUCCACUUGAUUAAUCUCUCCUGUCAUACGGUAUGGGAAUCUAGAUUCGAAGAAGAAUAAUAGAUUAAAACAGAAAAUAGUAAUAAUUGAAGAUUUAAAAAAAAAAAGAAUAGUGAAAAAAGUGAUUCCGAAAAUAUUCUUAAUCACAUCACUGUGAUACGUAAACACAGCUUCUUGCGACAUAUCAUCAUUUUAAAAAAUAUCCUCUUUUACGUACGUUAAUAACGGGAUAUAUAAACUCACUGCAAUAAACGUAAUUAGUUACACACCAUUCACGAAUACACGUAUUUUUGGCAAUGCAUACACACAUUAAUAUAUAACUAUAUAUAUAUAUCAACAAAUUAGAUAGAAUGCACUUUUGAUAUCGUGAAAUGGAAGCUGAUGAUACAGCCCAUUUUUAACUAUUUCAAAGGAAACAUUGUUCAUCACUGGAAUGAGGAAUAAGAGAUAAAUAUAUUUCAAUUUCAUUUUUUGAAAAUUUUCCCCUUAACGUUCGUUGAGAACGAUGAAAAGAUUCGUUUUGAGCUUUCGUUCGUUCGGUUGAAUUGGAUAAUUUACAACAGUAAAUUUCAUAAAUUUUCUCUGUUGAAAAAAAACGUAUUUUUAUCGAGAUUUCACGUUUAGGAUCUUCGUUCAUGAUUAAUCGAUCGAUUGUGCACUUUUAAUAACUAAUCGUUGAAAACGUCGACGGUGAUAAAUCAUUUAUAUAUUGCGUAGCGAAGAAACGGAAGCGGCGGUUUCGUCACAAUGGUUCUCGGGACUCUAAGAAUCCGUGGUCGUUCAUGAAAAUUUGGAUCGAGUGUAUUAUAAAUACGAAUGCCUGAAUUGGAGUGUAUAUACAGUGCUCGCGCAAGCUUUCCUUUGAAUACUUGGGGUCGAGUCGCUGCCGCGUCUCUGGAUUCGCAUACGCGUGUAUUUUGCUCAAAUCCACAGAUCAUUUGCGCUAUGGAUUCCUUGAGUUUGAAACUUUGCGACGACAAUCACGACUAGUUUUCUAUAGUAUUCAUCGUAGUGUAAAAGAGCAAAUUUUAUUCAACCACGAAAGAGUAGCGCAAAGAAUCAAUAUUUUUAACGUUUCAAUCGAUUCUCCGAAAAUUAAUAAAUUUUCAUAUCACACAUGUACAUGCAAUAUAUUAUUAUAUAUGUAUAAUAUAUUUAUAUGUAUUUAUAAUAUGUAUGAGCAGAGUAUUCUCACAGAAAAAUGAGUUGGAUUCUAAGCUUCGACGACGAAAACUUCAAAUUUUCUUUACCAACGUCUAAAGAUAUUUUUCGAACUAAAAAAAUGUCUGAUCGAUUAAAAUGUAUUGUUAACUCAACUCCAUGAAAAACAUGAUUUUUACAACAAACGAAAUGCAUAAAACAUUAUGGAUCAUGAGAGUACUCUGUAUUUACAUAUUCCAUCAUAUAUUAAUGUAAAUUAUUAUUUGUAGCGUUACGGAUAAUCGAAAUAACUAUUUAUUUCGUAUUACGUACUUUUUGAUGGUCCAUCGUCGUACGUUAAAGCGCAUCAAUUUGUUAUCCGCAAUACGCAUGCAGUCUCAUUCCCACACGAAUCGCAACAAACCAUAAGAAAUGUUUUAAAACAAUUAGAGAAAAUCACAUAAUUUUACCGUAUCGAGUAAAUAAUAAUUGACAGAAUAAUUGUCAUGUAUUUAACAUAUCGUCACUUAACCAGAUAAAUAAGGAUUCUUUUAUCUCGCGUGAAUCUGUAUUGAGAUUUCCCAGAUGAAAUAAUCAUUUGAAGAAUGUAUUUUAAUAGAUAGGUCACGAAAGUUUCGGGGAUGCUUGGCUCUCAGUCGACUUGUAUCUUAUAACUGUUUCCAAACCUCGAGGUUAUCAAAAUUUUUCUGCUGUUUUCGAUUUGUUUUUUGUCCCUUUGAUGUUACAGCGGAAAUGUUAUAUCGACGAUAGUCGCUCGUCGCACUAAAAGUUUUUUCUUCAUCAUUUUUGCAUCUUCACCGUACCCUGACAUAUUGGAUCCUCUCUUUGCAAGCAUCCUCGAUAUUCCUGAGUGAAAAUGAUAUAUACAAACGAGAUGAUUAAUGAAGCAAUAAUAACUGUAACACACUUGUCGACUCUUUCUUUGCAAAGAAGUCGAGGUUCUUGCGUUUAAACGGAUACGUGUGAUUGGACGUCCGUCCUAACGAAUUAAUUUGCUAUUAUAAUUAUAAAAAACGUAAAGAAAUCGCCGCUCGCUCAAAAUAAACAGUUGUGUAGUUCGCGAGGUCUUUCUUGUGAAUGUUGGUAAAACACUCAAUUUCUCGUCGAUACUGUCCGACGAGAGUUUGCCUCGUGAACAUAAUAUGCAUAUAUACAUACAUAUAUAUUUAUAUAUUAUAUUCAAAUAGAUCGGUAAAUCGGUAUUCAGGCAUCGUUCGGGCUUUCACUGGAGAGCUUUUGCCAGGUGAAAAUGGAUUAGCUCUUGUAUAGACAUCACGACUCUUAGGCUCACCCAUCAUCGUACCUGUGAUUUAUUCUCAACAUGUUUUCAAUAUUUCCUCUCUCCUCGCCCGUCUUCUCCCUCUCCCUCUGCUUCCCAACGAUUCAUCUCCUCUCUAUCACACAAAUGUAUUUUUUAUACUAAUCGCUAUACAGGCAAAUCGUUACUAUUUUUUAAACGAAAUACAAACAGAACAAAUUAUUACUUUGGGAACAAUUUCAUUGGAGAAUUAUACCGAACUGUCAAAAUCGAUCUGCGUCCAACCGACUACGGAAUUCAAAUGAACUUCUACUACUACCAUACUUGGUAACAGGCUUCGUCAACUUGAAAAAAAAUCGAGGAUUUCCUAUUUUUUAAAAUACCGUUUGUUGCAAGAAUAACCAUUUGGAUUGAGAAAUAAGGUAGCAUCGUCAAAAUAGCUCCUGCAACUUGAAUAGCUGCGACUAAAAUAAAAUCAAACUUCCAGAUUUUUUUAUUAAUCCGCAGUUUUUGAUUUUUUUUUUAUGAAUUCAAUAGUUCUGCUGCGCUCAAAGAAAAAGCAAAACACGAAGAAUAUAAUAUGCGUGAAUCAACACUAAUUAACCACUGCCCCUCGAUCGAACCUCGCCAAUAUUGUCAAACGAAAUAUCACUCUUCCGUAUUCGAAUACGUAUGAAUAACUAUAUUUACGACGUGUGAAGAAAAUAAUCAUAACUGUCCACAACUAUUGUAUUAGCAGAUUAGCCGAAUCGUAUAUGGACACAGUAUUCUUUUUACUAUAUUUAAUAAACUCGUGAUAUAUAAAUCGCAAAACUUCCCGAAAUAAUGAAUAUUUCAAAUUCCCUAAAAAUUCACUCGGAUGCAGAGAUUUUAAUGAAAACAAAGCAUUGCGAUUUUGUGAGAGUAAAAGAGAUGGCAAACUUAAAUUUUUUGGAUUUAAAUGAAAACGUAGCAAUGUGAGAUUGAAUUAAAAAAAAAGGUCGAAACAUAUUGUGGAGGACAGUGGAGGAAAUUGUUUUAGAACAGUUGUUAUAUAUGGUUGAUCAACAUUGUUAAACGCCAUGGCAAUUCUAGAUGAGCCUGGUUCAUUGCAAAAAUAAAAAUAAAAGCUAAAUGUUUGUACAGUUUUUGAAUUGAGACUAGGCUGUUGGAAUUUUCUAAAAGCAGCGCGACUCUCUUACUUAUGGAGAGAAGAAAAAAUUGUUAUAAAAAAGAAAAGGCAAACCGCAUGACUUUUUGUUUGGACAAUUCCGACUAAAUUUUUCAUACGAUUGUCAUCCAAACUUUCAUAGACUCUGUCACUCAAAAAAUUAUUGUUCACGUUGAUGUUCAAACGAAUGAAUCGUUAGAUAUUUCGUUACUUGCACCGUCUAUUUCUUCGACUAUAAACAACUUUCAUUUCUCUUCGCGCAUUGAUCCAUAAAAGUUUAUAAAACUAAUACGAGUACAUUAAACUCACGGUAGAAUGGUGAAUUUUCAAUUGGAAUUGAAAAUAAAAAAAAUACUAAUCCACCGAAGGAAAUGAUUGAAAUUUAUUUUUCCUGCAAUGGUUUCGAUACCAAAUGUUCAAGUCCGUUACAAAAAAAAUAAAAAAAAAUACUUUUAUUUAUACACGUGUACCGUACGAUUCAUAUGCAUACACACGUGUAUGGAUUAUGUGUGUAUUAUUAUUUUAUUAUUUUUCAUAUUCAUAUCGUUAUAACAAUGAAUGAUGUAUGUACAUAUGUGUAUCGUAUCGUAAUGUGUAACGAGUACGAAAUUUUCAAUAUUUUAUUAUUAUUUUUAUUGUUAUAUUAAACCCGCAAAUACACACAAAUAUAUAUAUAUAUAUAUAUAUAUAUAUAUAUAUAUAUUUCUGUGAAAUUAGUAAUCAUACGGUAGAAAAUAGGGAAUAAAAUGUUGAAAGCUAAUUAUUUCAGCUGUGGGCCGAAGUUCGCUCCAAAUAAGAAAUAAAAACCAAGUAUUAACGUCGAACGUUCGUUAUGUUUGAUCGGGACAAUUGAAUUUCGUCCAAUCGUUGUUGGGUGAAAGUAAAGGCGUAAUGGAAAGGGAAUACUUUCGAGACAGAGAGAGAGGAUAAAAUAAGUCGCGACUGACGAAUUUAUUGAUAUUUAUUUUCGUUUAGUGAGACUUUAAGCAAUUCUUUGUGCAAAUCUUUGAAAGAGUGGCGACUCGUAGGCAGCUUUAGUAUAUUAAUGAAAUAUUCAUUAGCAACGUUAUCCGAACUUUACCUACUGUAUUUCUCACAUUUUAACGAACCCUCAACGGGAGAAAAAGAGAUAAGAGAAGAAACGAUCGUCGAAGACACAGAAACGCGUGCCUGUAUCUAUUAUAAAUAUUAUCUCUAUGUAUAUAAAGUUGUUUCGAACGAUGAGAUUAAAUAAACGAUAAAUGGCGUACACUA